AUGUCACCAUUCGCACCCCCACCCCCACCAUUCGCGCCAGCAUUGGCGCAUACCCCACCACCACCACCACCAAUGACCACCACGCUGCGUCCAAUGCCACCAGCACCAUGUGCAAAUGCCCAACGCACACCAGCAAGUGCUGGCAUGACUCGGUGCCUGCCGUUCACAGUUUUUGGUGCCCGCCGUUCGCAGUUUGGUCAACCGGGUGCAGGGAAAGGCAAGGUGCUCUUGGCCGUCGACAGUGAGCUCGAGCUUGUCCAUAAGCUCAUCCCUGCGACGGCCAAACAUACUACUAUUUUUGGGGAUGCAGCCACACGAGCAGGUGCGCUCGAAGCUCUGCAGCAGGACCCAAAGCAGCCUUACAAUUCAUAUUUCGUCAUGAGAGACGAACGUUCGCAGGCUCACGAUCCUCUCUGA